AACUAUAUUAUUUUUAUACGAUGUUCGAUGCGUUAGAUCUUGGCUUGGUUUGUUUUUUUGUGAGCCUUGUCCAUGUGAAGGGCCUGGAAUAUUAUACGGAAAAACCAUCAUAUAUUGAAUCGUGUCGCAUCAAAGAGCCCGGCUUUACGAACUGCUCAACUCGUUCCAUACAAGCAUUCCUUAACGAGGUCAUCAAAGGUAUACCCGAAAUUGAGGAGUCUUUCGGACCCAUCGAUCCCAUGAAACAGGAUCAGCUGACAUUCACACAAACAAAUAGCGAUGUUUCCUCUAUAUCGGCUAAUUUAAGCGAUCUGGUAAUACGUGGCUUUGGCAAAUUGAUAGUCAAGGAAAGCAAGGUCAGCAAAAAGGACUUUAGCUGGCAGGAUAAAAUCUAUAUACCGCGCAUGCGCUUCGAUGGUAAAUACCAAAUGGUCGGAAACGUCUUAAUAAUACCGUUGCAUGGAAGUGGCAACAUAUUUAUGGAGAUUGAUGAUCUAGACAUUCUGCUCAAUGCCAAGACGCGACUGUACGAGAAAGGCGGCUACACCUUCUACAAUGUGACUGACGUGAGCGUCAAGCUGAAGGUGGGCCAUGUGCGCACGUAUUUGGACAAUCUGUUCAAUGGGCACAGCAAGGAGGUGGAGCAGAGCACGAAUGAGUUCUUCAAUGAGAACUGGAGAAGUUUCUUUGAGACGUUCCGUCCACUGAUCACGGAAACUCUGGAGAGCACAUUGUUCGAUCUGCUGAAGAAGAUGUUCAGUCUGAUGCCAGCCAAUUUCUUCAUAGAGGAUAUACCCAAUUCGCUGCUGCUCUACGGUCGCAAAUCACGUCUGACAGCAUAACAUUAUUUACUUAUUGAGAGGAUUUUAGCUUACAAUUAAAUAAUAAAUGCAAAAUGAACUAA